AUGUUACAGAGUGAAACAAGUGUAGUUGAAAGAGUAGACGGAAACAUCAAGGAGCCUGUUCAACCUUAUCUAAAGCAGAAAAAAAAGCGUAGCUUUAAAACAGACACAUCCUCAAUUGUAAUAAAGCACCAUAAUCCCAGUGAAAGGGAGAUUGAUUUAAGCACUGACAACCCAGUUGCAUUUCAAACAAGCACGCGAUUUGAUGAUGACUCCGCUGUUCUGCUUGCCUGUGAUUCACUCUCAAGCUCUCCCCGCAUUCAAGAAAACUGUAUCUUAGCCGCAAAAAUUGGACAACUAAAACCCAUUUUGUUAACGUCCUCAAGUGGUAAAAUUUACCCUUUUCUCACAGCUUCAAACAAUACAAGCGAUAUAUGGUCUGAUGAACCAACUGGAACUUGGAGUCUUCCUACAUUAGAAAAUUCAGUUACAGAAGGCUCAUCAACUUCAACAAAUGCAGACGAUUUAUUUAAACAUAUUGUUAGCACAAGUCAAAUCUACAGACACAUAGCCGAUGAAGAAUUUGUCGAACUCAGCGAACAAAUUGUCCAAGAAAUAAAUAAAGAUUGGGUAUUUUUUCCCCAACUGCGGUUUGCUACGUCGCAGAUUUUCGCUGGGUGUAGUUUGUUGAGUGGUUCAACAGCUUUACUGGUUAAUUGUGUCGAACCAUAUGGUCGAUUAAAGUCGGUUGAUGCUCACCAUGAGCGUCGUACUAGUUCUUCUAUUCACCAGUCUUCAUUUCCGAAAUCAAAAUCAAAAUAUGGACAGAUAGACCCGGAAGUAGAAACGUAUUCACAUGAACAUCAUAAUUAUGGUUAUACAAUUUUGCUGAUGACUGAAAUUCAGUUUUACAAACGUCGCAAAGGCGAGUCAUUGUCUUCUUUCAAUGAGAGAAAAAAAGGGAGAGAAAAAAAGUGGGAAAAAAAAAGUGGGAGUUGGAGAAAAAAAGUUGGAGAUAUUGCUGAAGGCGAGCGUCUCAUUGUCCCUAAAAGAGUAGAAGUAGCCCCAAGAAAUCCUUUAAUCGAGACACUCUUCAUAAAAUUGAACCAGUCAAAGAAUGAAGUAUCACUUGCGGAAGUUGAUAACGAAGAUGUUGAUGACACAUUAAUUAAAGACAAGUUGACAUGUGGUAAAUGCCAUAAGACAUUCAACUCGAGAUCAUCCCUGGUCAAGCACUUGAAGGUCAAACACCAUAUUGUAAUUGUUGGUGUCAAGCAUGGGCGUUCUGACCAAGGUGGAAGGCUUGCAUACUAUAUCCACCAGCAGCAAAAGAAGGCCGAUAGAAAUUCCGUUUUGAGAGUCGACGAUAAAAAACUUAAGAAGCAAAUAAGGAAACAAAUCAGUUAUGAGGCGGUAAAAGCCAAGAAGAGAGCUGAGUGGGCUAUGUUGGAGAGUAAGGACCUUCUUGAAAACCUUAAGGUUUUAUGGGAUACGUCUGAUGGUGUAUGGAGACCAUAUUUUGCCUAUGUACAAUAUAUUGAAGAUGUCUCUCCCAUUUACCAAUAUCUCAUCACCAAAUUAUGUUUGGAAGAUUCAUAUGUAUGAAAAUAUAGUGAGCCUAAAACAUAGGUAUUAAGUGAUCCAAAAAUACACUAUAUAGGAGCCUAAAAAAUAAGUAUUAAGUGAUCCACAAAUGAGCCUAAUAAAUGCGUAUAAAGUGAUCCAC